AGCCGACCGAAGUAUUUAGCAGAGUUUAGCAUUUUAGCAGCAGAACUGAGCCUAUGGAGCUUCCGUAUGAAUGACAGACCUGCAAAUGGACUAUGUGCGGUUGAUCUUCUCCUCCGUGUUUCCUCUUUAACCCUCCUUUACCUUUAGAGUUAGCUUAGCAUGCUAGCUGCGGUUAGCUUAGCAUGUUAGCUGCUGACGGAGACUAAACGGAGUUUCUAACGAAGUUUAUCCGGAUAAAAGCUGCUGUGAUUGAGUAAAAAUGUCUGCAGUCCAGACACCGAGAGCUUUAGUCAACCAUCAACAAACUUCAGCUGCUGGAGAGAAAAUUCACCUGAUAAAAACACCGAGAAAAGAGGAGGAAGAGACACAACAGACACUGGAGGAUGGUCACAGAGCAGACAACCAGCAGCUGUUGGUGAGUAAAGUGGAGCAGCAGGAGUGGAGUCCCAGUCUGGACCAGAAGGAAUCUAAGCCCCCACUCAUUAAAGAGGAACAGGAGGAACUGGGGAGCAGCUGGGAGGGAGAGCAGCUUCAGAGACUGGAGGAAGAUGAUACCACCAUGUUCCCCUUCAACAUUGUUCUUGUGAAGAGUGAAGAUGAAGAAGAGAAACCUCAGUGCUCAUGGCUUCAUGAGAGACAAAGUGUAGAGAUGGAAACGGGAGCUUAUGAAGAGGACUUUGGAGGAGCAGAACCAGCCAGGAACUCUGAUCUAAAGAGACAUUUACAACCAAUGACUGAGGACAAGACUGAAGACUCUUCUGGAGCUGAGACUGAUGACAGCACUGACUGGACAAAGGCCAGAGAACAUCAGCCAGGUUCAAACUCUGUAGAAAAUGAAAGACCCAACAAUAAGAAAUCAUAUACCUGCCAUGAGUGCGGGAAAAGUUUCAACCAAAGUGGAAGUCUGAACCGACACAUGAGAGUUCACAGCGGAGACAAACCCUUCAGCUGCUUUGAGUGUGGUAAAAGUUUUUACCAGAGAGGAAACCUGAACAUACACAUGAGAGUUCACACUGGAGAAAAACCCUUCAGCUGUCCAGAGUGUAGUAAAACAUUCAACGACAAACGAAAUCUAAACAGACACGUGUUAAUUCACUCAGGAGAAAAACCCUAUAGCUGCUCUGUUUGCAGUAAAAGAUUCACUCAAAGUGAGGGUCUGGCCUUACAUGUUGUUGUUCACUCAGAAGAGAAACCCUUCAGCUGCUCCAAGUGUGGUAAAAAAUUUGCUCUUAAACGACGGCUGACCAGGCACAUGUCAGUUCACAAAGAAGAGAAACCGUUCAGCUGCUCUGUGUGUGAGAAGAAAUUUACCCUGAAACGAAGACUGACCAGGCACAUGUUAGUUCACUUAGAAGAAAAACCCUUCAGCUGCUCUGAAUGUGAUAAGAAGUUUGCUCUUAAAGAACGCCUGACCAAGCACAUGAUGCUUCACACUGAGGAGAAACCUUUCAGCUGCCCUGUUUGCACGAAAAGCUUCAAACAAAAAGAGAACCUGAAUGUACACAUGAGAGUUCACACUGGAGAGAAACCCUUCAGCUGCUCUGAAUGUGGUAAAAGCUUUGGUUGUAAAAGAGGAUUGUCAACACACAUGAUAGUUCACACUGGAGAGAAACCCUUCAGCUGCUCUGAGUGUGAUAAAAAAUUUGGCUACAAAACGACUCUAAACCAACACAUGGUGCUUCACAGGGAUGAGAAACCCUUCAGCUGCUCCGUUUGUACUAAAAAGUUUAACCAAAAGGGCUAUCUGGCUAGACACAUGUUAAUUCACUCAGAAGAGAAACCCUUUCAGCUGCUCUGUUUGCAGUAAAAGGUUUAAUGGCAAACAAAAUCUCAACAGACACAUGUUAAUUCACACUGAAGAAAAACCAUUCAGCUGCUCUGAGGAUGGUUUAAGAGUUGUUGUUGAUUUUUCCUAGGAAGGUCUCCUUUUAGGGGUCUUUGAGGGAAAUGUUUUCAGUAGGAUGAUAGACUGGAAUUAGAAAUCCUUUCCUUUCCUUAUUGAAGGGUUCUCUAGUGGACAGAUGUGUAACUACAUGGCGAUUAAAGCAACUGGAUGUUUUACAUGCAUGGUAAUGAAAAAUGUGCUUAAAUAUUUGAAUAUAAUUUGAAAUAUGUAAAAUAUA